AACAAGAGCAGCCAUAGAUCACAGCAGCGUUUCCUUCCUCUGCUGCUACAGUUGCUGCUCUUCUCCCUCUUGCAAACUUCUCUGGGGAGCCCUCCUUCCCUGCCACUCCUUUGUUCCCCAGCCUCUUUCCCUCCUGCCUAGCCUCGGGCUCCGCCUCCUGGAGUCCCCUGGCGCAGUACCCCGGCCCGGCGGCGGGGAGAGCGGAACUGUUCCCGGGACUGCGGCUCAGUGCACGCCCAGCGGCCGGGCUCGGGGCAGCGAUGGGGGCUCUGCAGCUGGCUCAGGACGGGGACCGGCUGCUCUACUGGGGGGCCGGAGUCGUCACUCUGCUCUUCACGCUGCUGGCAGCCUUCACGUUCCGCCUGCUGCUGGAUUACCUGGGGAAGUGGAAGGCGCUGAAGCCGAUUCCAGGGGUCAGCCCCUGUUACCCUCUGCUGGGAAAUGCUCUGUUCUUCGAGCGCAAAGGGGAAGAUUUCUUUAAACAAAUAGUAAACAACUUAGAAGAAUACAGGAAUCUACCCCUGCUAAAACUUUGGAUAGGACCAUUACCUUUUGUGAUUUUAUAUCAUCCAGAUGCUGUGGAGGUUGUUCUAAACAGUUCAAAGCACAUAGAAAAAUCUUUUCCGUACAAAUUCCUACAUCCAUGGCUUGGCACAGGACUUCUAACAAGCACUGGAGAUAAGUGGCGUUCCAGAAGGAAAAUGAUAACUCCCACGUUCCACUUCACAAUCUUAGCUGAUUUUCUAGAAGUUAUGAACGAACAAGCCAGUAUUUUGGUUGAUAAACUUGAAAAGCAUGUUGACAAAGGGCCAUUUGAUUGCUUUCUAGACAUCACUCUCUGUGCCCUGGAUAUAAUCUGUGAAACUGCGAUGGGCAAGAAUGUCAGUGCGCAGAACAAUAGGGAUUCUGAAUAUGUCCGUGCUAUUUAUAAGAUGAGUGACCUCAUUCAUCAUAGACAGAAGUCUCCUUGGCUUUGGUCUAACUUGAUGUACCCUAUGUUCCAAGAAGGAAGGGAACAUACAAGAAGCCUCAAGAUCCUUCACAGUUUUACUGACAAUGUAACCUGUUAUUCCUUUUUCUACUGUGUUCCCAUCAAUGAAGAAAAUAACGUAGUAAAUAUAGAGAUUCCAGAUUGUGAAUGUGGUGACAGAGAAUCAGCCAUUGGGAACAUCACCUUAUCUGUGGUUAUUGCAGAAAAAGCCCUUGAAAUAGAGAACGACACACAACAGAAAGAUGACUUUGAUGACAACUGCGAACAAAGUGCGCCCAAAAGGAGAAGGGCUUUUCUUGAUAUGCUUCUCAGUACAACUGAUGAUGAAGGGAACAAACUGAGCUACAUGGAUAUUCGAGAGGAAGUGGAUACUUUCAUGUUUGAGGGGCAUGAUACAACAGCUGCUGCUAUGAACUGGGCUAUCUACUUACUUGGAUGCCAUCCUGAAGCCCAGAAGAAAGUUCACAGAGAAUUGGAUGAAGUGUUUGGGAAUUCUGACCGGCCUGUUACAAUGGAUGACUUGAAGAAGCUCCGAUAUCUUGAGUGUGUUGUUAAAGAAGCCCUUCGUCUCUUCCCUUCUGUUCCAUUCUUUGCCCGCACCACAAGUGAAGAUUGCCAUAUUAGAGGAUUUAAGAUACCAAAAGCAACAGAGGUAGUCGUGGUUCCUUAUGUGCUGCACAGAGAACCGGAGAUUUUCCCAGACCCAGAAGAAUUUAGGCCUGAGAGAUUCUUCCCUGAGAAUUCUAAGGGAAGGCACCCAUAUGCAUAUGUGCCCUUCUCUGCUGGACCCAGAAACUGUAUUGGCCAGCGCUUUGCACAGAUGGAAGAGAAAGCUGUUCUAGCCAUCAUCCUACGGCGCUUUUGGGUGGAAACUAGUCAAGAGCGAGAAGGGCUUGGCCUUGUGGGAGAACUAAUACUUCGCCCAAAUAAGGGCAUCUGGAUCCAACUGAAGAGGAGAAGUGUGUGUGUGUCAUAAGAAGAAAGCUCACAAGGAUUUUAGAUCUUAAAAUGUGCUAUAAUAAUCUCAGCUAGCAGUUGAUUCUCAUUGAGAUUUAUGUAAAUCUCUGCAUUUUAAAUGAUUGUAACCAUUUAUAAAGGAACUCAGUAUCAAAUUA